AUGCUGUCCGGGCGGUGGUGGCUGGUGCUCUGGCUGCCGCCCCUGGCCACGCUGCCAGCGGGCGCAGUGCACAAGGAGGAGACAGCUAUGUCAGUUCCAAGAUGUAGAUCUCUGAAGGAAACAGACUUAAUUAAAACUUCUGUGUCGGACUGCUAUUGCUACAAUCAACAUUCACAAAUAGAGUGGACAUAUAUGUGGUCAACUGUGCAGGUGACAGUUACCAGCCCAGGCCUGCUCAGUAUUGUAUAUACCACAGGAAGUCAUAACUGCCAGCAUACAGAAACCAUUCUAUCAUUUAUCAGAUGUGUGACUCAUAACUUUUGGGCACCAGAGGAGACUAAAGAGAUGACCAUAGUCUUCAGUCCAUAUGGAGAAACUGUGUGCUUCUCUGUGAAGCCUGUUGGGAGGAUGCUUACCUACACAGUAAGCGUGAAUCGAAACAUUGUGGAUUUCAAACUCUUCCUUGUGUUUGUGACAGGCAUUUUUCUUUUCUUUUAUGCAAAGACCUUGAGCCAAAGCCCUGUUUUCUAUUACUCUUCGGGUACCAUGUUAGGUAUUCUAAUGACACUAGUCUUUGUCCUUCUGAUGGCCAAGAAACACAUUCCAAAGUAUAGCACAUUUGGGGCGCUAAUGAUUGGGUGUUGGUUUGCUUCAGUUUAUGUUUUGUGCCGGUUGAUGGAAGAUCUGCAGUGGCUGUGGUAUGGAAACAGAAUGUAUGUAUUAGGCUAUGUGUUGGUUGUUGGACUUUGUAGCUUUGCCGCCUGUUACAGUCACGGCCCUCUCACUAAUGAGGGGAGCAGAAACCUUCUGAUGUGGAUGCUGAGGUUCUUCUCCCUGGUUCUGGUCUACACUGGCAUGGCCUCGCCUCAGUUUGCCUAUGCUGUUAUGAUCCUCCUCCUGUUCUCCUGGAGUCUGCACUACCUAUUGAGAGCACUCAGCUAUCUGAGGUGGAAAAUGAGGCCAUGGUUCACAACAGAACCGCUGGUGGUGAGGUAUCUCACUGAUGACGAGUACAGGGAGCAAGCUGAAGCUGAAACAGCCAGCGCUCUUGAGGAACUGCGCCGAGCCUGCUGCAGGCCCGACUUCCCUUCCUGGCUGGCUGUCUCCAGACUCCAGGCCCCUAAAAAGUUUGCAGAGUUUGUUCUUGGAGCGAGCCACCUGUCACCGGAAGAAGUCAGCACCCAUGAAAAGCAGUAUGGCCUUGGGGGUGCCUUCUUGGAAGAGCAGCUCUUUAGCCCGCAGACUGACAGUCUGCCAGAGAGCUGACUUCAUUCUGAGUCAGAAAGCAAGUACGAGGCAAAGACCCUAUUCCAGCUGGGCAGGACCCAUGCACCUCAGCGAAAAAUAAGCCACGAAAGUAAGGAAAAAGCUCGUUUGCAUCUGCACAAGAGAGCUUUACUGUGAUGGUGUGAAGGCUGAAAGAGUCGUUGCCCCAUGCUCUGAAUGAAGAAGACCUUCACAGGAACAGUAGAAACCUGUUCUUUAGGACCAGUAAACAGGACCUGAUGCCUUCCCUUCACCAGUCACUAACUCCCCUCUGGAUGCUCUGGAGCUGGCUCAAAAGGCUGCAUUGUUGCCCCCCACCCCCCACCCACAACCCCUAUUUUAUCAUUAUCAAUGGUUCAUGUGAUAGUAGGAAGUACUGUUGGAAUUCUGAUGCUGGCUGUGGUUAACUCAGAGUCACACAUUCUGCAAGCUCCUCAGUCUUUAGUGCUAUGAAGGCAUCGUGGGUCUCCUAAAAGGCAGACAUCACGCACAGGCCUUCUAACUUACUUAACCACAACCCAUUUUUCAUGAGACUGAUAAUCUUUGUAACUCAUGUUUGGAAAUGGUGGAAUUUAGGUUUGAGAGUCAGAACAGAAGUGUCGCCAGCAGCCUUGGCAACACUGCAGCCCUGGUGCAUCUGAGACUCAGGUAUAAGAUACUUCUUCACUUGCAGGUCAGGGCUAUCUCCCUACAGCCCUGGUCUUAUGGUGUUGGUGCCUCGAGAUUUUGUUUUGUUUUUUAAGCAAUGCCCAACUAGCUAUUUAAUAACUGUGAUUUAAAAAAAAAAUCUCUUAGAAUUAUAUUUAAUG